AAUGCCCGAAUCAAUCACAACAAAAGAAUGAACAGAAUGAACGAGUUUUCUUUUGGCUCUUUCGCUGUGAUUGGUUCGCGCGUUCCGUUCCGCUGUGGAUUUCCGCGCCAUGAGACGUUAGCUUCAGUGGACUGUAGCUUAAAAUUAAUCUACAUUAGUAGACACGGACAUUAUAAAAAUUUUAUAUAAUUGUUACAAGCAAAAUCUAUUAUUGGAAAUAAUCUUCUUUUCCAUGUUCAUCACAAGUGAAACAACGAGAGGAAUAUAUUUAUCGCGGAUAAAAAUGCUUUAGCAUAUAGUUUGAAGAAAGAAUUGUCGCUUGGAUAAAACACCUAUAAAAAAUGCGUAAUGCUAUGUUUAAUUCAUUGUGCAUCGAAAUCAUUCGUGCUGUUCGCAAUGCAAAAUUUUUCAAAGGUCCGCAAAGGAAGUGGACGUAUUCAUUGAAUAAGUAUUUUUCCACACAUAUAACGUCUGAUGUAGAAUAUGAUGUGCCGGUUGAAGCCAUUCGCAAUUUCAGCAUAGUUGCACAUAUUGAUCAUGGUAAAAGUACAUUAGCGGACAGACUGUUGGAAUUAACAGGGGCUAUAAAGGUGAACUCUGGUAAACAAGUUUUAGAUAAUUUACAAGUAGAAAGAGAACGUGGGAUUACUGUAAAAGCACAGACGGCUUCGCUGUUUUAUUCAUAUCAAGGGAAGAAAUAUCUUCUAAAUCUUAUUGAUACACCAGGUCAUGUUGAUUUCUCAGCAGAAGUACAUCGGUCCCUAGCUCCUUGUCAAGGAGUCAUACUACUGGUUGAUGCUAAUGAUGGUGUUCAGGCACAAACAGUAGCAAAUUACUAUCUAGCGCAAGAGAGGAAUCUUGUGAUAAUACCAGUAAUCAAUAAAGUGGAUUUGAAGAAUGCUAAUCCAGACAAGGUUAAGAAACAGUUGCAAGUAUUGCUCAAUGUUGGGAAUAUAGAUGUUCUUAAGAUAUCUGCCAAACUGGGCAUUGGUGUCGAUAAAGUUUUGAAUGCUGUAGUAGAAAGAAUUCCACCACCUGUAGUAGAUAGAGAUAAGCCUUUUCGAGCAUUAAUAUUUGACAGCUGGUAUGAUAAGCACAAAGGAGCAAUUUCUUUAAUUUAUGUAAAAGAUGGAACAUUGACAGUUGGCAAACAAAUUAGUUCUGUAUUUAUGAAAAAAUCAUAUGAAAUUCGAAGCAUUUUUUUACUCAGACCUCAUGCGGAAAAUGUAAAGACAAUAUUUGCUGGUCAAGUAGGUGCUAUUUCAUGCAAUAUGAAAUCUAAAGAGGCUCAUAUUGGAGACACUUUGCAUUUACGGAAUCAGCCUGUUGAUUCUCUGGAAAGAUUUAAACCAUUGAAAUCAAUGGUGUUUGCAGGUGUAUAUCCAAUGGAUCAGUCACAAUUUGACUCUUUACAGAAAGCUAUCGACAAGCUUACAUUAAACGAUAGUUCUGUAAAUGCUGUUUUAGAAUCGAGCGUUGCACUUGGACGAGGAUGGCGAAUUGGCUUUCUAGGCUUAUUACAUAUGGAGGUCUUCAUUCAGCGUCUUGAACAAGAAUAUAGUGCACAGCCAAUAGUUACAGCACCCUCAGUAACAUAUAAAGCAAAGAUUUUCGGUAGUAAAAAUAUAACAAAAUAUCAAGGCGACACAGUACUCUUUAAUAAUCCAGUAAAUUUUCCAAACCCUCAGAUAGUUAGUGAAUUUCAUGAGCCAAUGAUUGUAGCAACUAUCAUCACGCCAGAUAUAUAUAUGAAAGAAAUUGUGUCACUUUGCUGGGAGAAGCGUGGUGUAGAAAAAUUGACCAAGACGAUUAGCGAUGAUAGAUUUAUGUUACAAUACAUAAUGCCAUUAAGCGAAGUAAUUUUUGACUUCCACGAUUCUUUAAAGAGCAUAAGCUCUGGUUAUGCUAGUUUUGAUUAUGAAGAUUAUGGUUAUCAAUUAGCUGAUAUAAUAAAGUUAGAUAUUUUGCUAAAUGGAAAAGUAGUUGAAGAAUUGUGCACAAUUGUACAUAGAUCAAAAGCAUAUGAAAUAGGUAAGAAGUUGUGCAUCAAACUUGUUGAUACCAUUCCUCGACAACUUUUUGAAAUAGCAAUUCAAGCGGCGAUAGGAAACAAAAUAAUCGCGAGAGAAACUUUGAAGCCUCACAGAAAAGACGUAACGGCAAAAUUAUAUGGUGGCGACGUUACCAGAAGAAAGAAAUUGCUGGCACAGCAAGCAGAUGGAAAGAAGAAAAUGAAAAUGAUAGGAAAAGUUUCCUUACCACGAGAUACUUUUAUAAAUGUGCUGAAAAGAUAAUAAUGAAUUUAUAUGAUAUACAUUAUUAUUCAUUUGAAAAACCGGACGUAAGUUUAUUAUUACAACAAAAUAAUGUAAACACAUGUAUGUGAAAUCAAUUACAAUACAAUCUGUUUUUGUUAAA